CGCGAGCGCGCCUGGUUAGCGGCGCUUCCGGCCCCAGCCACGGCGCUAGCAACCUCUUGAAAUGCGCCGAUGCGGUGCUUGAAACCCGGGCUGGAGCCGCCGCUGAUCGAGGAUCCUGAGAUCGGCGCGGGAUACCCUGGAGGCAGGCUGCUCAGAGGCUGGCGGAAGACUCCGCUCGCCGAUAGCGCCGGGAGGAGACGCACACGGCCUUGCCGGUGUGUCCUUACCGCCAUUCGUCCCCUGCCCGGCCCCUGGGCCAGCGGCGCUGAUAAAUGGGCGGGGGUUUGGGGACUCGGGAAAUUCAGGUUAAAUAAUUUCUCUGCAGAUCUGGUGCCGUUAAACCCUGAGAACCCACACUUUUUUUAAAAAAAAAUGAAGAAAUUAAGACUUAAAGAACUAGAGAGUCGCCUGCAACAAGUGGAUGGAUUCGAAAAGCCCAAGUUACUCCUAGAACAGUAUCCCACCAGGCCGCACAUUGCAGCAUGUAUGCUGUAUACAAUUCAUAACACAUAUGAUGACAUUGAAAAUAAAGUGGUUGCAGAUCUAGGAUGUGGUUGUGGAGUACUCAGCAUCGGAACUGCAAUGUUAGGAGCAGGGUUGUGUGUUGGAUUUGACAUAGAUGAAGAUGCAUUGGAAAUAUUUAAUAGGAAUGUGGAAGAGUUCGAGUUAACAAAUGUUGACAUGGUUCAAUGUGAUGUGUGCUCAUUAAUUAACAGAAUGUCCAAGUCGUUUGAUACAGUAAUUAUGAAUCCUCCUUUUGGAACCAAAAAUAAUAAAGGAACAGAUAUGGCAUUUCUGAAGACUGCUUUGGAAAUGGCAAGAACAGCAGUAUAUUCUUUACACAAAUCCUCAACUAGAGAACAUAUUCAAAAGAAAGCUGCAGAAUGGAAAAUCAAGAUAGACAUCAUUGCAGAGCUGAGAUAUGACCUGCCAGCAUCAUACAAAUUUCAUAAAAAGAAAUCAGUAGACAUUGAAGUGGACCUAAUUCGGUUUUCUUUUUAAAAGCCUCCAAAGACAAAUGCAGCUAAAAACCUAAUUAAAAUGAAUACAAAAUUUGUUUACUGAA